CUGUACUUUGCAAUGGACAAGUUUGCGCCCGCAAGCGAGAACGUUACACCCACGGGCACCACCGCGGAGGAUCAUCUCAAAACGCAGACGGUCGGGUUGUUGCAUCACGAUGAUUUUCGGAAGCGACGUGCUGAAGCAUUGGACCUGAAAGAGCGCGGAGAAUCCACUGUGAACCCAUCGAAAGCCGGUGCCUCGACGGCAAAACCAUCUUUCAAGAAGAAGCGGAAAGUAGCAGCAAAAGGAAAACUAUCAUUUGGUUUGGACGACGAGCAAGACACGGACUCCCAAGACGGCACCACCUUACGCGAGAGCACCCCAGCAGAUUCAUCCAAUGUCAAUUCCGAGGCUGAGGGAGUGCCAUUCAAAAAGAAAAAACUUGGUGCCAACAGCAACGUAGGCAUGAAACCCAGAGUAAUGACUAAAUCUGCACUGCAGCGCGAAGCACAGCAGACUGAACAGGCCCGGCGAGAAUUCAUUGUAAUGCGCGAAAGUGUGAAAGCCACCGAGGUUGUUAUCCCAUUUGUCUUCUACGAUGGUACCAAUACUCCCGGAGGUCGCUGCAGAGUCAAGAAGGGUGACCACAUCUGGCUUUUCCUCGACAGAGCACGGAAACUUGGAGCGCAAUUGAGUGCGGGUGGUGGCGACAAAUCUAGGAGAGACUGGGCUCGUGUCAGUGUGGAUGACUUGAUGCUCGUGAGGAGCGAGGUGAUUCUUCCACCCCAUCACGAGUUUUAUCACUUCCUCUUCAAUCGAGUCGAGGGUUAUAAUGGGCGUCUUUUUGAUUUCUCAGCACAGCCAACAAAAGCAACCCCUGCAGCUGGCGAAGAGACGGAUCCUUCUACUUUCAAUCCGCUGGAUAGGCCUGAAAAAAAUAAAGACAAAAGCGCUGCUAUUCCGGACGACGAACUGGAGGGGUUCACUGACGAUCCCACGCUAACGAAGGUAGUUGAUCGGCGGUGGUACGAACAGAACAAGCACAUCUUCCCUGCGAGUGUGUGGGAGGAGUACAAUCCAGAGAAAGACUUGUCCAAGACACAUCGAAAGGACAAUCAGGGCAACAACUUUUUCUUUUCGUAA